UGUUGGGCGACACGCGACAGUUAAAGAUCCUCAAACAACAGGAAACAAGGAAGAAGCACCGCGGAUAUGAGCGAGCACGUGGUUGGCUUGGACACAGGCAUCAGCAGCAGCAGCAGCAGCAAGAACGCUGCUGCGUUCAAGCAGCAUGCCAAACGCAAAGCUGCGCGUACUGCUAAGCAGAAGAAGAUCCAGAAGGCGAGGCAGAUGAGAGAAACAAAGAAGAAAGUGUGGGAGAACAAGAUGAAGGCCGAGGCACAGAUUGAGAAGCGGGCAGCGAAAUACAAACGCGGAACACACCUGCCAAAGAGAAUGCGCCCAAAGGACAAGAUUGCAAAGUCCAAAGUGGAAAAGGCGAAGAAGGAGCAGAAGCGUGCAGCACGCGAGGCUGCCAAGGCCGAGAUCCUGCUGACGGAGGACGCCGGUUUCCUUGAGGCCGAAGGGCUGGAGAAAACAUACAACUUCCGCCAAACAGACAUUGCAGAGGCGGUGGACGAAAGCUCUGCAAAGAAGGUGUUCAACCUCAAGCUGGAUCAGUUUGGGCCAUACUGCACGCGUUACACAGCCAACGGCAGGCACCUGUUGAUUGGCGGGCGAAAGGGCCACAUUGCUGCUUUCGACUGGCAGUCUGGCAACCUUGCCUGCGAGAUCAACGUUGGCGAAACCGUGCGCGAUGUGCAGUGGCUCCACAACUCAACCAUGUUUGCCGUUGCACAGAAGCGGUGGGUCAACGGCUGCGGUGUUGUCUUGGCGCUGUGUGGUGUUGGUUUGGUGCGAGUGGUGGUUGUGUGUUGUGCUGUCGGCCCGCAGCUGUUGCUGCGACAGCUUGGUCGGCCAAUGUGUGUGUGUGUGUGUGUGUGUGUGUGUGUGUGUGUGUGUGUGUGUGUGUGUGUGUGUGUGUGUGUGUGUGUGUGUGUGUGUGUGUCGUUGGCGGUGGAUGGCACGGGCCACACGAUGGUGACGGCCGGCGUCGACAGCCUGAUCAAGGUCUGGGACGUGCGGAAUUUCAAGGACAAGCCGCUGCACUCGUACUACACGCCAACCCCUGCCUCAUAUCUUGACUUCAGUGCUCGCGGCUGCCUGGCCGUUGCAUUUGGGCCCCACGUUCAGAUUUGGCGCGAGCCGCACAAGCACAAGGCCAGGGCACCAUACAUGCAGCACGACAUACCUGCGUCGCCUGUGCAGGACUGCCGGUUCUGCCCCUUUGAGGAUGUGCUUGUCACCGGACACGAAAAGGGCAUCGACAGCAUCCUCGUUCCAGGAUCUGGUGAGCCGAACUUUGAUGCGUACGAGGCGAAUCCGUACGAGACGGUCAAGCAGCGCCGCGAGCAUGAAGUCAAGCAGCUCCUCGACAAGAUUCCGCACGAUCUUAUUUCGCUGGAUCCGCGGGAGGUGCUCAAGCCCGUGUCGUCGCGCAUGCAGGGCGAUGCUGGUGAUGACAAUGAUGAUGAUGAUGGCGGAAAAAACGCCGAGCAGAGCGCAGAUGCCAAGCGCAAGCGCGCGCGGAAACGCAAGGUGGAGAAGCGGUAUCUUGCGAAGAACAAGAACAUCCGCGACCAGCGGAAGGUGCAGAUUAUGCAACGCAUGGAGAAGGAACAGCGGCGCAAGGAACUGCGGGCUGGUGGCAAGCACGGAGCACUGGACCGGUUCAAAUGAGGCGCGCGGCAACUGCUGCUUCUUCUUGGAUGUUUGUGUUUUUUCGCUGACGUGUGCACAAUAAAACUGCUGACUCAG